AUGGCGUUGAAUUUUGAGAAUGACGAACAGAAAAAGUGCUAUGAGACUUUAAGAAAAGAAAUCGAGAGCAUUGUUAAGGAAGUAGAAUACGAUGAGCUUUAUGGCCAAAAGCUUACUCCAGACGACCAGUUUUACAAGGAAGGUGUUGUCGAUAGACUAGUAUUCAAGUUUUGUAAGGCUAAUCAGUUUCAAUUGGAGGGGUCUCGGGCCCAAUUAAAGAAGACUUUAAAGUGGAGGAAAGAGUUCAGGCCUUUGCAUGCUGCUUUCAAAGAGACACCCGCAUCUUCGAUUCUUGAUGAAGUGUGUGCUGUGACCAACAGCGACAAGAACGAUGCGAACAAGAAAGUGAUAACGUGGAACUUGUAUGGGUUGCUUGUGAAGCAUAAGGAAGUUUUCAAGGAUCUCGAUGGGUUCAUGAGAUUUAGAAUAGGUUUAAUGGAACGUGGGUUGCAGUUGCUUGAUUUCGAGAGCGAUGAUAACCACUUGAUGACCCAGAUCCACGAUUACAGCAAUGUAUCUAUGUGGAGGCUUGAUGCCGAUAUCAAGAAGUGUUCGAGAGCGGUCAUUGAGACGUUCCAACAGUACUACCCAGAGACUUUGUAUGCGAAGUUCUUUGUGAACGUUCCAUAUGUGAUGAGCUGGCUGUACGAGGUGAUCAAGAUGUUUGUUUCUGAAGAUACCAGGAAGAAGUUUGUCGUUAUGAGCGAUGGGCACCAGCUCAAGGACCACCUUGCAGUAGUUCCAAAAGAGUUUGGGGGCGAGGAGCCGUUGAAGUCGCUAAGCAUUGCAAAUGUGGAACCCAAUGCGUACGUGAAGUACUUACUGGACAAAGACUCUGAGUGA